AUGACAGAUAUCCCUAUAGCUCUUGAUAAUUCCCAAUUACUUAAUAACAAUAAUAAUCUUAAUCCAUCAAAUCAUCACAACCACAAUCAUCAUCACCAUCAUCUUCUGAAACAAAAUUCACUGCUGACAAUACAAAAAUCUUCUUCUUCUUCUUCGGAACAACAACAGCCAUUUCCUAAUUUAGAAACAAAGAAAAAUGGAAUGAUCUACAUCAAGAAUUCACAAAGUUUAAGGAAUGGAACAAAAGUAUCUAAUAAAUUACCUCGAUCUACUAGUAAUAGUAGUAGUAAUAUUGGAUUAAAUUCUACCACUUCAAACACCAAUGUUGAUGUCAAAUCAUCUACAGCAGCAUUAGGUAGAAAACGAUCAAAUUCACAAUCACAAGUGGUAUCUAUUCCUGCAAAACCAAAAUUUACCACAGCUUCAAUGUCCCGUGAUCCAUCAAAAGGAGGGUCUCUGCUGCUACAGUCACUGACGUCAAGAAGUGGCAACAGUGGCCACAGUGGCAGUAAUGGUUCUUCAUCAAUAAACCCUCACAAACGUAAUCAAAUUCAAUAUUAUGUUACCCUUGUACCAUUAAAUGAUACAUUUAUUAAAAAACACCUCCCGGUGGCAACAUAUCCUGAAACAACAAAAUUGGGUAGACCAACUGGUACUAAACAUAAACCUGAUGUAACUAAUGGAUAUUUUGAUUCUCGAGUAUUGAGUAGAAAUCAUGCUCAAAUUUAUAUUGAUCCUAAAAAUGGCAAAUUAAUGAUACAAGAUUUAGGUUCAUCUAAUGGAACUUAUUUAAAUGAAGUUAGAUUAUCACAAGAUCCUACAGAAAUUAAAGUUGGAGAUAUGAUUUGUCUUGGAUUUAAUGUACAAGCUGAAUCUACUCAUAAACAAAUAAGUUUAAGAAUUGAAAAUUUGAAUGUUAUAUCUACUCAAUUGGAAACUAAUAAUAAUGGGAAUUUUUUCAUUAAUGGGAAUGAACAAUUGGAUACACCUGAAUUUAAACGAUUAUCAUUUAUUGAAGAUAUUGCUCGACAAGUUGAAAAAAUUGAAUUUGAUAAAGAUGAUUCUAUGAUAUCAAAAGAAUCUCAUGAAAUUCAAAAUAAUUUAACAUUUGAUAAUGCUUUAUUUUCUGAUAUUAAUCCCAAUAUAGAGGACAAUUUAUUGGGACUUUAUUCAAUGAUGAAUUCAGGUAUUUAUAAUAAUUCUCAAAUCACUAGUACAACAACAUUAGAGAAUAUAAUCAAUGUAUUAGUACUUAAUUUAUCUCGAAUUAAACAACAAAAUUCAUCAUUAAAUAGUUUAUCGACAUUUUUGGAAAAUUAUUAUUAUAAUAUAAAUCAAUUAAAUCAAGAUUAUUUGGAUCAACAAUUUCAAAAAAAAUUACUGAAAAUCGAACAAGAAUUAAUUAAAGAACAAACUAAUCAUCAAAAAUCAAAAGAUCGAUUUAAAAAUUUGGAAUUAGAAUCAAAUAAAAAAUUGGAUUUACUUAAUAGAAAAUUUAAAUCUAUGGAAAGAGAUCGAGAUAAUUUAAAAAAUUCUUUAAAUGAAUUGAAAUUAAAAUAUGAAAAUUUGGAAAAUGAUAAUAAUUUAAGUAAAGAAACAAUUGAAAUUUUAAAUCGAGAGAAAUUAGAUUUACAAGAAGCACUUGAUGAAAUGACACGUCAACAACAACAACAACAAGAGAAAGAGAAAGAGAAAGAGAAAGAGAAAGAAAGGGAAGUACUUAAAUUGAAUGGGAAUAAAUCAAAAGAACUUUUAAAUGAUGAACUGGUUGUUAGUGAAGCUAUUAAUGGAUUCAUUAAAGAUUUAUCUCGAACUCCAUCAGUUCGUGAUAAUAUGAAGAAUUUAGAAUCUUCUGGAACAAUAAAUAGAGAUACCAUUAAAUUAACCCCACCAGUAUCAGACAAUGAAGAAGAUAAUGAAGAAGAUGAUGAUAAUGAUGAUGAAGAAGAAGGUGUGAUUAGUUUACCAAGUUCUCCUAGUUUAUUACAACGUAAUGGUUCUAAACUUAAACAUACUCAAAAGAAGAAAGGCAGCAAUGGUGAUAAUGAUGACCAUCAUGAUAUUGAAUCAAUAGAUUCUUUUUCUCAUUCACAACAACAUUAUGAUAAGUCUUCUAUUAGUCCAAUUAUAUCAGAUUUUGAAUCUAUUGUUGCUACCAAUUCCAUGAUUAUAAAUUCUCCAGAAAAGCAACAACAAGAAGUUGAACCAUUUCCAAAAGUUGAAAAUCAAAGUUGUAAUGGACUGCCAAUAAAGAAAUCAUCAAUCCAAUCAAACGAAAACUUUCAAGAUAAUAAUAAUAAUAAUAAUAAUAAUAAUAAUAAUAAUUGUAAUCAAGGGAAAUGUCAUAAUUUAUUUAAUAAAAUAUUUCUGAAUCAACAACAACAACAACAAAUGGGGAAUAAGAAGAAGAAGAAUAAUAAUAGUAAUACACAAAAAACAAUAGAAGCUUUUAAUGAAAUUGAUAAACAAAAAUUACAAACAGUUGUAAUAGCUAUGUCAGCUAUGAUUAUAGGAUAUUAUUUACAAAGAUUAACUAACUAA